AAGACCCAUCUCCAUCUCCAUAAUCCUUUUUUCUUUCUCUUCAACCUCUCUCUCUCUCUCUGCCUCUCACAACUCUCUCACUCUUUCUAAAAAAAACCUUUAGCUUCGUUUCUCUGAAACACUCUACAAAUGGCGACGAAUCUCAUCUCCUUCCGAGCCACCAGGAUCGGGGCGUGUGCUAUUCCGAGUAACCGGAGACCCGACCCGAACAACCGCAAAACCGUUUCCUCCGCCAACUGGUGGACCCCGCUCUUCGGGUGGUCGUCCGAGCCCGACUACAUUGAUUCUGGAAGAAAAGAGAAGAUCCAAGACGGCUCGGAGAAUCCGGAGCACAAAUCGGACCCCGAUCUGGACCGGAAGCCCAUGCGUUCCCGGUACGCUCCGGGUUGCUUCACGGAGGAGAAGGCGAGGCAGCUCCGGUUGAAGACCAUGGAAACGGAGACGUUUCACGACGCCAUGUACCACUCCGCCAUCGCCUCCCGCCUCGCCUCCGAUUUCAACGACCGCUCAGAUCUCUGAGCCCCGACAAGUUACGGCAAUAUUUGAAGAUCCGUAGGUCCAAAAGUUGUAAUUUUUUCCUUUUUUUUUUUUUUUUGGUUUUUUGUUUCCAAGUAUAAGCGAGUGAGAACUUGGAAAGUAUUAAAUGUGGAUGGUGCUGAUGUAAUUAUGCUUUUAAUGUGGAUCGUUGAUUACGUGAGAUAUACGAUGAUGUAGCAUGUAAUGUAAUUAUUGAUGAAUAUGAUAAUGUUUUUAGA